AUGUUCGACGGCUUCAUGGAGAAUGUGCCGGAAACAGUAUCGACUGCGGUUUACCAUAUGGGCAUCUUCAGAGACCAAGCGUCGUUGCAGCCUGUCGAAUAUUACAAUAAGCUUCCCCUCAAACCAUCGUAUAUCAAACAAGCCUACGUUCUUGAUCCAUUAAUCGCCACGGGAGGAACGGCGGGGGCCGUUGUGAGCAUUCUCAAGGAUUGGGGAGUUGAGAAGGUCACAUUCUUGUCUAUGCUUUCCGCCCCUAGUGGCCUUUCUCAUGCUGCCAGUGUUUGGCCUGAAGGAACGGAGUUCGUGGUAGGACAUGUUGAUAGCGAAGUUGACGGGAAGGGAUAUAUAAAGCCUGGUGUGGGAGAUAUCGGCGAUAGAUUGUUUGGAACAGCACUUUGA